CGAGGUCGAAAUAUGUGCAAGUAUUUGAGGGACACAAAUGAUCCUUUCUUUAUUCCUGAAGAAAAUUUCAGAAAAAUGUAUAGGUUAAGUAAAGAGGCUGCAAGGGAUCUGUAUUUGGAAUUGUUACCACACAUGGACCAGGGUAGAAGAGUUACAAAAAUUCCAUCAGUUGUUCGGAUUUGUGAUUCUGAUUUGAACAUUAUGUCCAUCAAUGCCAGAUUUCCUGGCUCUGUCCACGAUUCCGCGAUAUGGAUGAUGAGUGGUGUGAAGCAAAUUAUGAGAGACGCUUAUGAAAAUGGGGACAGAUCAUCAUGGCUCCUCGGUGAUUCGGGCUACCCAUUGGAACCAUUUCUUCUCACACCUAUUGAAGGAGCAAAUCCACAAACCCCAGAAGGUCGGUAUACGACAGCCACAAAACAGUCAGAAAUUCUGUUGAAAGGUGUAUUGGGGUUUUGAAGGCAUAUUUUAGGUGUUUACUUAAAGAUCGUGUGCUUCAUUAUACUCCACCUACUGCUGCCAAAAUUGUGUAUGCUUGUGCGAUAUUACAUAAUAUUUUGCGGAUGAGGAAUA